AUGCCAACCAAGACUCUGUUCUCCGUCUUCGAUGUUGCGCGACAGGUAUUCUACCAAUCUCGUUCGUGCCUCGGCAUCGUCAACCUCAAGCCGCUUAUCCCCGGACAUGUCCUAGUCAUUCCUCGUCGAGUCGUACCCCGAUUGACCGACCUGAAACCCGACGAGAUCAGCGAGCUCUUCCUCUCCGUCCAGACUAUCGGUCGAGUUAUUGAGAAGGCCUACAAGGCGGAGGCUCUGACUGUCUCCAUCCAGGAUGGUAUCGCAGCCGGUCAAUCAGUCCCGCACGUACACGUCCAUAUCCUUCCCCGAGGCUCAACAGGCCCAUUCAGCGAGGACAAGGACAGCAUGUACCCCGCUCUCGAAGCUAGCGAGGAGGGGCUGCGCGCUGAUCUUGAGAAGAAGCAGGCUGGGAGUGGAUCGGGAGGUGCAAAGUUCGCGGUACCCAAAGAUGAUGAGCGGGCGCCGAGGACAGAGGAGGAGAUGGAGAAGGAGGCGAAAUGGUUGGAGACGUUCUUCUGA